UCAAUUUAUGAAGUCCAUCUUCACCUCAUUCUUAUACCUCAUCUGACUGUUCCUUUUCUUCCUUGAUCUUCUUCUUCUCUCCCACAUAGCCUCUUCAUCGUCUUCUUCUUCAAUCUUCAUCACCAUAUUAUUACUCUCUGCAAGAGAUGAUGCCUCCUGAGCAAGAAACCACGACCGUACAUGUGACGCCGUCCAGCAUUCCGUCCAUCCCCAACCGGCCACUGCCGGAGAAAAGCUCCGUUCACGCUGAUCCAGGAGGUUCCGCCACUAACGACGACAAACCCAGUUCGGAUAAAUAUGGCAUUCCCCUUCAUCAGCACCACCCGUCGUCAGCAACACGUUCCAUAGUUCUUCACCAAUCAUUGCGACCCGUUACCCUCAAAUUUGAAGACGUUUCUUACAGUAUGACCUUUGGAAGCAAAAAGAAUGGAGGUUGUUUUUCUUCGGAUAACUCGAAACCGACCCGGACAAUUCUCAACGGCGUGACUGGGACGGUCCGGCCUGGAGAAUUGAUGGCAAUGCUGGGCCCGUCAGGCAGCGGCAAGACCACGCUACUCACAGCACUAGCUGGCCGGCUCGCCGGAAAAGUUUCCGGCAACAUAACCUACAAUGGCCUUCCUUUCUCUAGCUCCAUGAAGCGCAGGACUGGUUUUGUCUCACAAGACGAUGUGUUAUACCCUCACCUCACUGUUCUUGAGUCGCUGGUUUAUACGGCUUUGUUGAGACUUCCCAAAAGCCUCACCAAAGAAGAGAAAAUAGAACAAGCUGAGAUGGUUAUCACGGAGCUUGGGUUAACCAGGUGCCGAAACACCGCCGUGGGUGGUGUUUCCGCCUUGUUUAGGGGAAUCUCGGGUGGGGAGAGAAAACGGGUUAGUAUUGGGCAGGAGAUGCUUGUGAACCCGAGUCUGUUGUUGCUGGACGAACCCACCUCCGGGCUGGACUCGACGGCCGCUCAACGCAUAGUGGCAGUGCUCCGGGGGAUGGCACGGCGUGGCCGGACGGUGGUGACCACUAUUCAUCAGCCGUCAAGCAGGUUGUACACGAUGUUUGACAAGGUCGUCGUACUAUCCGACGGUUGCCCCAUUUACGCAGGAGUAUCGGGCCGGGUCAUGGAGUAUCUCGAGUCCAUCGGGUUUCUGCCCACUAUCAACUUCAUGAACCCGGCUGAUUUUCUGCUUGACCUUGCUAAUGGCAUUGUGGCUGAUGUUAAGCUGGAUGAUCAGACUGACAUGCAGGGCAGAUUAGAUCACAUUGAAGAUCAGUCUUCAAUAAAACAGUCUCUGGUUUUAUCCUAUAAAAAGAUUUUAUAUCCUGCUCUGAAAGAAGAGAUUCAGCAAAAUAUUAGAGACACAGCUAGUUCAACACCAGGAACACCCGGACGAAGCUUAGAGAACCAGUGGAACACCAGCUGGUGGGAGCAAUUCAAAGUUCUGCUUAAGAGGGGUUUACAAGAGAGGAGACAUGAAUCCUAUUCAGGCUUAAGGAUUUUCCAAGUCUUGUCUGUCUCAAUUCUCUCAGGACUUCUCUGGUGGCAUUCUGAUCCUUCACACAUACAAGAUCAGGUAGGCCUGCUUUUCUUCUUCUCCAUCUUCUGGGGAUUCUUCCCUCUAUUCAACGCCAUCUUUGCGUUCCCUUUGGAGAGACCAAUGCUGAUAAAAGAAAGAUCCUCGGGAAUGUACCAUCUUUCAUCCUACUAUAUAGCCAGAAUGGUAGGUGACCUACCCAUGGAGCUUGUCCUUCCCACAAUCUUUGUCACCAUCAGCUACUGGAUGGGUGGACUCAAGCAUUCACUAAUCACCUUUGUGUUAACACUCUUAAUCACCAUCUUAAAUGUGCUAGUCUCUCAAGGAAUAGGCCUAGCACUUGGAGCCAUAUUAAUGGAAGUGAAGCAGGCCACAACCUUAGCUUCAGUGACCAUGCUGGUGUUUCUGCUAGCUGGUGGCUACUACAUUCAGCAGAUGCCAUCUUUCAUAGCAUGGUUGAAGUAUAUAUCUUUCAGUCACUACUGCUAUAAACUUCUGGUGGGAGUUCAGUACUCAGAAAAUGAGGUUUACGAUUGUGGAUUAGGGUUGCAUUGUAGGGUAGAGGAUUUUCCUGCUAUAAAGUGUCUUGGAGGUCUUGCUCAUUUGUGGGGUGAUGUGGCUGCAUUGUGUGUGAUGUUGAUUGGAUACAGAGUUGUGGCUUAUGUGGCUUUGAGGAUGAGGCAGCCUCACUGACUUACUACUACUGGCUCACUCAUAGAUUAGAGACUGCAAUAUUUUUAUUCCUCUGUUUUGUUGAAAUUACCAGCUCCGUCCAAGUGUUAGAAUUAUUUAAAUUAUAUGCGAUAAUAAUACUUGAAGUCCUCAUGGUUUAUUGAUAUGAAAUGAAACAUUAAAUAAUUUGCACAUAAAGCCACUUUUCUCCUCUUUCUUUCUUAUUUUGGGCCAAACUCAGUUUUUCCUUCUGUGGGCAUAUAUAAGUAAAUAAAGAUAUUGGCAUGACCAUUUCACACCAAUGAGUGCAUAAUUCAGCUAGUACGAGUGGUGCUAGCUUAACCAAUGGUCUUAAAUUUGAGCUUUGAGUAUGAAACUGUGUUAAAUUCUUGUUAGGAGAGCUUUUCCACCUUGUGUUCCUUCCCAACUCAACCGAAUUUGUCAGUAGUCUAAUGUGACUUUUAGAUACCAGAUGGUUUGAAACAAAAAAGAAGUUUCAACACUUUAGCGCUAUUGAUUUUAUUAUCAUAUAUCUUGGAACUCUUCCAAUAAAAAUAGCAGACAAAUGUAUUUUCAUCAAACAAAUGCGUGUAUUGGGAGACAUUUCCGGUCUUACCGAAAGCUGAAGAUAUAUGAAUCCCAUGUUGCACUACAGCUUAGCUUAUUUUCACUUACCUUGGUGCAUUUUCCUUGUGUGAAAAGGGAAUAUCUUUCAAAUCCAUGAGAGUUUUCGGUGAAUUUCAUGAAAACAGAAUAUGCUUCCGAGAAAUAUCUUCCAAAAUAUGCCUUAGAGAUGAAGAAUCAAAUGCUAAGUAAUAAGUAAGGCAUCUCUGCAUGGACCUCCAGUUAAAUUUAUUCAAUUCCCUCAUGACAGUUACCAGCAACUUGAGGUAAUAAUUGCAUUCCGAUUACUACACCUUAUUUUCAAAUUCUUCUAUAAAUAGGUGUGCCUAGUAGAGUUAUAUUACCAAGGGCCAAAAAACCAGGUGAAGAACUCUUUUACUUUGAAGAAUAUAUUGUUACUGAACAUGGCUUCACUCAAAGCUGAGAAACCUUGUUGCUCUCAACCACCAGGACAGGUCAAGAAGGAGCCUGCUAAGCCUAGUGAGACCAUCCCGAAGGAUCCAGCCUCCAAGUCCAAUGCAGCCCCUAAGAAAUCUGAGCGCAAGUCUCAGCCUACGAAGACGGCAAGCAAGAGCAGCAAGUAAUUGGAGAAGAUAUAUCUGAGAGGAAUGAAGAUGAAAACAAGAGUGUUAUUGGUAUUAUGUGGAGAAUGAGUAGUAUUGUACUAUAUGCUUGUUGGUAAUCCCAUCAUGUAACUACUGACAAGCUUGGCCUGAUAAAUAAAAGAAACUUACUAUAAUUACACUUA